GCAGCGGCGACGCGACGGCGACUGAUCGGGGAGACGGGUGAAAGCCCCCGGUCGUUGCGCGCGCGAUGCUCACCAAAUUCGAGACGAAAUCCAACCGCGUCAAGGGCCUGACGUUCCACCCGAAGCGGCCAUGGAUCCUCGCCUCGCUGCACAGCGGCGUGAUCCAGCUGUGGGACUACCGCAUGGGAACCCUCAUCGAUCGAUUCGACGAGCACGACGGGCCCGUGCGAGGCGUGCACUUUCACAACUCGCAGCCGCUGUUCGUGUCCGGAGGCGACGACUACAAGAUCAAGGUGUGGAACUACAAACUCCGCCGCUGCCUCUUCACGCUGCUGGGCCACCUCGACUACAUCCGCACCGUCGCGUUCCACCCCGAGUACCCGUGGAUCGUCUCCGCGUCGGACGAUCAGACGAUCCGGAUCUGGAACUGGCAGUCGCGCAACUGCAUCAGCGUCCUCACCGGGCACAACCACUACGUCAUGAGCGCGAUGUUUCACCCGAAGGAAGAUCUGGUGGUGUCGGCGUCGCUGGAUCAAACCGUGCGCGUAUGGGAUAUCGGCGGGCUCCGUAAAAAGUCCGUCGCGCCCGGGGACGAUCUCAUGCGUCUCCCGCAGGCGGUGAACAACGAGCUCUUCGGCGGCGGCGACGCGGUCGUGAAGUACGUCCUCGAGGGCCACGACCGCGGCGUGAACUGGGCGAGUUUCCACCCGUCGCUGCCGCUCAUCGUCUCGGGCGCGGAUGACCGUCAGGUGAAGCUGUGGAGGAUGAACGAUACCAAGGCGUGGGAGGUGGACACCCUGCGCGGGCACGUGAACAACGUGUCGUGCGUGAUGUUUCACGCGAGGCAGGACAUCAUCGUCUCGAACUCUGAGGAUAAGUCCAUCAGAGUGUGGGACAUGAGCAAGCGGACGGGGGUGCAGACGUUUCGAAGAGAGCACGACCGGUUUUGGAUUCUCAGCGCGCACCCGGAGGUGAACCUCCUCGCGGCGGGGCACGACAGCGGGAUGAUCGUGUUCAAGCUCGAGCGCGAGCGCCCGGCGUACGCGACGCACCAAGGGACGCUGUUUUACGUGAAGGAUCGGUACCUGCGGUCGUACGAUUACCAGUCUGGGAGGGAUAACCCGCUCAUCUCGAUUCGCCGCGCCGGCGCCGGCGCCGGCGGCAACGCCGGCCCCCGGUCGUUGUCCUACAACCCCGCGGAGAACGCGGUGCUCAUCAACAGCGACGUCGACGGCGGGACGUACGAGCUGCACGUCUUACCGAAAGGCAGCGUCGGCGGCGAAGGAUCGAGCGACAGCCGCAGAGGCGCGGGCGCGUCGGCGGUGUUCGUCGCGAGAAACCGAUUCGCCGUCCUCGACAAGGGCAACCACCAGAUCUUGGUGAAAAACCUCAAAGACGAGGUCACGAAGAAGUGCUCCCCGCCCGACAGCGCCACGGACGCCAUCUUCUACGCCGGCACCGGCGCGCUCCUGUGCCGCAGCGAGGAUCGAAUGAUUCUGUUCGACGUGCAACAGCGCGCCACGAUGGCGGAGCUCGCCACGCCCUACGUCAAGUACGUGGUGUGGUCCCCGGACAUGUCUCUCGUCGCGAUGCUCUCGAAGCACGCGAUCGUGAUCGCGAACCGCAAGCUCGGGCACGCGUGCACGGUGCACGAGACGAUCAGGGUCAAGUCCGGGGCGUGGGACGACGCCGGGGUGUUUAUCUACACGACGUUGAACCACAUCAAGUACGCGUUGCCCAACGGCGACAGCGGCAUCAUCCGGACGCUCGAGACGCCGGUGUACCUCACGAAGGUGUUCGGAAACACGGUGUACUGCCUCGAUAGGGACGGGAAGAAUCGGCAGAUUCAGAUCGACUCGAGCGAGUACAUGUUCAAGCUCGCGCUCGGGCAGAGGAAGUACGACGUCGUGCUUCAGAUGAUCAAGUCAGGGUCGCUGUGCGGGCAGUCCAUCAUCGCGUAUCUGCAACAGAAGGGGUUCCCGGAGGUGGCGCUUCACUUCGUCAAGGACGAGUCCACGCGCUUCGAACUCGCGCUCGAGUGCGGCAACAUCGAAGUCGCGCUCUCCGCGGCGCAAGAGCUCGACGACAAGGACACCUGGCACAAGCUCGGCGUCGCGGCGCUGAGACAGGGGAACCACCAGAUCGUCGAGUUCGCGUAUCAGAAGACGAAGAACUUCGAGCGGCUAUCGUUCUUGUACCUCAUCACCGGGAACAUCGAGAAGCUGCAGAAGAUGUUAAAAAUAUCCGAGAUGCGCGGCGACGUCAUGGGCCAGUUCCACAACGCGUUGUACCUCGGCGACGUCCCCGAGCGCGUGAAAAUUCUCGAAAACGCCGGGCACCACGCGUUGGCGUAUCUCACCGCGGCGACGCACGGGAUGAAAGAAGACGCGGAGCGCCUCGAGGCGGUCCUCGUCGAGGCGGGGAUCGCGGUCCCGGAGGUGACCGAAGGCGAGGAGAUUGCGCCGCUCACGCCCCCCAAGCCCAUCAUCGUCGGGGAUAACUGGCCUCUGCUCACGGUGUCGAAGGGUUUCUUCGAGGGCGUCUUAUCCGGCGAGGUCGACGCGUCAGCGUACGCGGAAGGCGGCUUCGACGACGAGGCCGGCGCAGGGUGGGGCGACGACCUCGACAUCGACCUCGGCGGCGAUGACGACAAGGAGAAGGAGGAGGACCCGCUCGCCGCCGCCGGCCUCGCCGCGGGGUCGGACGAAGAGAAGGAGGGCGGCGACGGCUCGGACUCGGACGCGGGAUGGGACAUGGAAGAUCUGGACCUGCCCCCCGACGUCGGCGGCGGCGACGACGACGGCGGCCUCGUCGGCCCGUCCGAGGUGUUCGUCGCGCCCACCGCGGGGAUCCCCCCGUCGCGCAGAUGGACGGAGAAGAGCGCGGUGCCGGGUGAGCACGCCGCCGCGGGCGACUUCGACGCCGCGAUGAAGCUCCUGAACCGCCAGCUCGGCGUGAUCAAUUUCGCGCCGCUGAAGCAGCACUUCAUCGACGCCGCGUUCGCGACGCACGCGUCGAUGACGGCGACGUCCAUGGGACCCAACCUAACGUUCCCGCUCGGGAGGGACUGGAACGCGGACGCGCCGGUGGGCAAGACGCCGCAGCCCGCGCUCGUGUCGUCGCUCGCCGUCCUCGAGGCGAAGCUCAAGGCGGCGUACAAGACGACGACGGAGGGGAAGUUUGGCGAGGCGCUCAAGCUGUUCCAGUCCAUCAUCCACGGCGUCGCGGUGCUGCUCGUGGACUCCAGGAGGGAGGUGGACGAGGUGAGGGAACUAUUGGGGAUCGCGCGCGAGUACGCCGUCGCGCUGCGGAUCGAGAUGAAGCGCAAGGAGCACAAGGAGGAUCCAGUUCGGGCGGCGGAGCUCGCGGCGUACUUUACGCACUCGAUGAUGCAGCCGAUUCACGCGUCGCUCGCGUUGCGGAGCGCGAUGAGCCUCUUCUUCAAGCUGAAGAACUUCAACACCGCUGCGAACUUUUGCCGGCGACUGCUGGAGCUGAACCCGCCGGUGAAGGUGGCGCAGCAGGCGAAGCAGGUUCUCCAGGCGUGCGAGCGAACGCCCACGGACGAGGUGGAGCUUGACUACGACUCGCGCAAUCCGUUCGUCGUGUGCUCGGCGACUUUCGCGCCAAUCUACCGCGGCACGAAGGACGUCGCGUGCUCGUGCUGCGGCGCGAAGUUCAUCGCGGAGGGGGAUCACGUGAACAAGGUGUGUCCGGUGUGUAACCUCGGCGCCGUCGGCGUGGAGGCUGCCGGGCUCGUCGUGUCGCCGUCGCAGCGGUGAGGAGGAUGGAGGUCGGAGGACGGUCGGCGUCGCGCGGUAAACGUAGUAGCUGUUCAACACAUGUCAUCAUAAUACGUUCUACGAACG